CGCCGGUGACGAGUUUCCGGUUGUUGCGCCAGGCAGGCUCCGCGGCACCGGGCUCCUCCAUUGACCGGCGAUUCCGAUCUCUCAGCACACGGCGCCAGGAGUACACGUAGAGGCGAGCCGUCUGUCGUGUACGUGUCGGUUUGUUUUUAUUUUUUUCUAAAAAAAGAGCUAACCGCUUAAAUUAGCCGUCGACCGCGGACCAGACAUGGAGACGCACAGCAGCAACUCGAACAAGAAGCCGAAGCUGAACAACGCCCCUGAGAACUGGGGAAUGCAACGUGCAACCAAUGUCACCUAUCAAGCUCAUCAUGUGAGCCGAAACAAGCGCGGGCAGGUUGUGGGCACAAGAGGAGGGUUCAGAGGAUGCACUGUUUGGUUGAGUGGAUUGUCCGGUGCAGGGAAGACCACAGUGAGCAUGGCUCUGGAGGAUUACCUGGUGUGUCACGGCAUUCCCUGCUACACCCUUGACGGAGACAACAUCCGCCAAGGGCUGAACAGAAACCUGGGUUUCAGCCCAGGGGAUCGGGAAGAGAACAUCAGACGCAUUGCUGAGGUUGCCAGGCUUUUUGCUGAUGCCGGGCUGGUAUGCAUCGCCAGCUUCAUCUCUCCCUAUGGCAGGGAUCGCCUAAACGCAAGGAAGAUCCACGAAGCCGCAGGGCUGCCUUUCUUUGAGGUGUUUGUGGACGCUCCGCUGGAUGUAUGCGAGCAGAGGGACGUGAAGGGACUGUACAAGAAAGCUAGAGCGGGGGAAAUAAGAGGUUUCACUGGAAUAGACUCAGAGUACGAGAAACCAGAAGCUCCAGAGCUUGUGCUGAAGACCGACUCCUGCAGUGUGAAUGACUGCAUACAGCAGCUGAUUGACCUGCUCCAGCAGAAGGAUAUAGUUCCGGUUGAUGCGUCUUAUGAUGUGAAGGAGCUGUACGUUCAAGAGAACAAACUAGACCUGGCCAAGGCCGACGCAGAGACUCUGCCUGCUGUGCAGAUUGGCAAGCUGGACAUGCAGUGGGUGCAGGUGCUGGCUGAAGGCUGGGCCACGCCUCUGAACGGUUUCAUGAGGGAGAGAGAGUACUUACAGUGUCUUCAUUUUGACUGUCUGCUGGAUGGUGGUGUCAUCAAUCUGUCAGUACCCGUAGUGCUGCCGGUGUCUUCUUCAGACAAAGAGCGUUUAGAUGGCGUGACGGCUGUGGCCCUGGUCUACGAGGGCAGGCGAGUUGCCAUCCUUCGCAACCCUGAGUUUUACGAACACCGCAAAGAAGAGCGCUGUGCUCGCCAGUGGGGCACCACCUGCAAGGACCACCCCUACAUCAAGAUGGUGAUGGAGAGCGGGGACUGGCUGGUCGGCGGAGACCUGCAGGUUCUGGAGAGGAUCUACUGGAACGACGGUCUCGACCAGUACCGACUCACCCCCACUGAGCUCAAACAGAAGUUUAAGGAGAUGAAUGCAGACGCUGUAUUUGCCUUUCAGCUCCGCAACCCGGUCCACAAUGGCCACGCUCUCCUGAUGCAGGACACCCACAAGCGUCUCAUUGAGCGAGGCUACCGCCGGCCGGUGCUGCUGCUCCAUCCACUGGGAGGGUGGACCAAGGACGACGAUGUGCCGCUGCCAACACGAAUGAAGCAGCACGCUGCGGUGCUGGAGGAGGGCGUCCUGAAUCCAGACACCACCAUUGUUGCCAUCUUUCCUUCACCCAUGAUGUAUGCCGGGCCGACUGAGGUUCAGUGGCACUGCAGAGCUCGAAUGGUGGCUGGUGCCAACUUCUACAUCGUGGGCCGUGACCCCGCAGGCAUGCCCCACCCAGACACGGGAAAGGACCUGUACGAACCCACCCACGGCGCCAAGGUCCUCACCAUGGCCCCCGGCCUCAUCACCCUGGAGAUCGUACCCUUCAAGGUUGCUGCUUACAACAAGGUCAAGAGAGCGAUGGAUUUUUAUGACCCUGGAAACCACCAAGACUAUGAUUUCAUCUCGGGAACACGCAUGCGGAAGAUGGCUCGCGAGGGAGCGAAUCCUCCCGAUGGCUUCAUGGCGCCAAAGGCCUGGGACGUGCUGAAAGAAUACUAUAAGUCACUGGAAAAGGCCUGAAGGUUUGUGUCUCAGAAGAAACAAACAUGGGAACACGGUGGUUUCUACGGAUAUUUAACAUGGGGGAACUCGGGGACCACACGGCUACUGUCAAAAACCAAGCUCGGGCUUCUUGUCUGUCACUUCUACACUCAGCUCUCAGCCAUGAAAAAACUGAUCUCACUUGUUUUUAGUCUUAACACGUUUGUGUUUUAACCGCGUCGUUAACUAAACUAAAAACUAUGUCUUUAUAGUAGGUGUUUCGGUUUCUCACUAACUUUACGACUGUAUAUUCUGUUGACUGCUCGCAAAAAAUACUGUGUAAAAAGAUUUACAGGUGAACAUCUGUGAUGGCCCGUGUGGGUGAGUGCUGUUGAUCAGUACGAAAAUAGGAAUGAAUGUUGAGUGUUUGGAAAUGUCUAAAUUUAAAAAAACGCAACUGCAGCUGCACCUGCUUGAGUUCAUGGAAAAAAACUCACGACUGAACCUCAGACAAAUUGCCUUGUACGGUACGUUCGCAAGUGGCGGUGGCAAAAUGUGGUGUACACAAGUAUUUGAUGUAAAAGUUGUAAGAGUGCCUUGGUCUUUAGAAAGUGAUUUCACAUGAUGUCUUGUUUGAAUUAAGACACACACACACACACACACACACACACACACACACCUGCUUCUUAUCCCACUUUUAGCUUUACUGUAAUUGUCUGCAGCACAGAUCAGCAUGAAAUAUGUUUUUGUUGGGAAGUGUAACUCAAACCUAAACUUCUAGGAUCAUGUUUACCAUGUUUUUUCUUUCCCCCCCACCCAUUUUUAUUCUAUUUAUUCUGUCUCUAACUUUAAAGUCUCUACUUUUUAACUGUUGUUAAAUGUAGUCUUGGUGCUCUAAGCUUUUCUCUCAACAGUUUUUAUGUUUUCAUAAUUUGUUUAAUUCUUCUCUUGGGUUACUGAUAUUUUCCAUGUGGUAAUUCAUUUUUAGGAGUUGGCCUGUAUAAUCAGAUGGUUGAUGGUUACCAUCAAGGGAUCAGAUUUGUAAUCUUCCUUAUCCAAUAAACCAUUUUUUUUAGCAGAAAAAGAA